AUGGUACCGUCGGACACAUCGUCGUCGUCCACAUCGUCUGACAGCUCGACGACAUCUACGGAGUCGUCUACCUUCUCCGAAGAGUCGGAGGUUGACAUUGACAACGAAUCCACGAACGAACCAGGCUGUUCGAGUGUGUUGACGGAGCAGGUAGGGGAAGGAAAGCGAACGCUGCUUGAGCCAUUGAGUAGGUGGGCUGCUAAGUCAAAAACGGCUCAUGUCCAUGUGAAUACUCUGCUGAAGGUUCUCAAGCCCUUCCAUCCCGAGCUCCCGUUGGACGUACGCACACUGCUUGGUACUUCAAGCGACCCUGCACCGUUUACGGCCAUGGGCAGUGGUGAGUAUGUUCAUUUGGGCCUGAUUAGACAGCUGACUGACCAGUUACGUUGCCUAAUUCCACAGUGUCCAUUGCCUGAUGUAGUUAUAUCCCUAGCUAUAGAUGGUCUACCUAUUUACCGGAAGACUAAGCUUGAGUUUUGGCCUAUUCUAUGUAGGGUUAUGGAGCCCAUAGUGGGCACCGUUUUUCCUGUAGGAAUCUAUUGCGGUGUAGGCAAACCGCCGGACGUCCAGGCAUUCUGCAAACCAUUGGUUGAUGAGUUAUCAUCAUUGUCCGAGAAUGGCUUGCAUGUCAAUUCGAUUGACAAAACCCUGAACGUCCGCUUAGCUGCAGUGAUUUGUGAUGCUCCAGCUAGGGCGUUCAUUAAGCAAAUUAGGAAUGUCAAUGCCUACUACGGCUGCGAGAGAUGUUACCUUAAAGGUGAAUAUAUAGACAAGGUUGUAUACGAUGGCGUUUCAGAGCCAUUGAGGGUGGAUGAGGACUUUUUAUCUACACCGGACAACCCUCACCGCACAGGCGUGUCACCUCUGUUGGCGUGUAACGUUGGAAUGAUAAGUUCAUUCCCUCUAGAUCCUCUGCAUUUAGUAUAUUUAGGUGUAAUGAAGAGGCUACUUAAUUUGUGGCUUCGCGGCCCAAGAGAAACUGCGUUUAGGUUGACAACAGCAGAAGUUUCUCUCAUCAACACUAGAUUGCGUUCCUUUAAUGCAUCCCUGCCGCGGGAAUUUUCUCAGCGUGCUAGGGCAAUACGUGACAUGGACAUGUGGAAGGGUACGGAACUGCGGCAGUUUUUGCUGUACACAGGCAUAGUUGUGCUGAACGGCAUUCUUCGUCGUAAGUAUUGGAAACACUUUCUAUUGUUGUUUACGGCGGUGCGGAGCUUAGUUCAGCCGCGCUCUUGCAGACGAUGGGUACCUUACUGUAGACGCAUAUUGCGAAUGUUUGUAGAGAAGUAUGCAGUCCUUUAUGGAAAAGGAGAAAUGGUGUACAAUGUUCACAGCAUUCUGCACCUACCGGAUGAUGUCUUACGACAUGGUCCAUUAGACAGCUUCUCAUCGUUUCCUUUCGAAAGUUACCUAGGUAGUCUCAAACGGUUGCUACGGAAGCCGUCACAACCGUUGCAGCAAGUAGUGCGUCGAUUAGCUGAGCAACAGAGUGUAAGACGUGAUAUCUGCAUUCCAACAGAAUGGACAUGUAGGCAUCAACAUUCCGAAGGUCCACUGCCAUCCACUGAUGGAUCGGCUAUGCAGUAUAAACUUAUACAAAAAGGCAACUUGGUCAUUGGCACAGGGCCCUCGGAUGGUUCUGUCGCAAUUGACGGGAAGGUAGUCUGUAUCAAAAAUAUUGUACAGGACCCAACAGGUCAAUUGCAAAUAGUUUACGCCAACUAUUGUGCAAUAGAAGACUACUUCGAUUAUCCCAUUAGGUCCUCAGCCGUUAAUGUUUUCAAGGCUAGGUUAGACACCGAGAUUCACAACUGCCCUUUGCCGUUAACGGUUAAGAAGUAUGCGUGCUUCCCAAUGCAGGAAUAUUUCGUCCUUAUUGAAAUUAAUGGACGCUGGGACUCAGCAUAUGAGCAGUUGUGAGUCGUUCCGUGCGGGUGCGUACAUGGGGAUCUUCUUGGCUGACGAACGAAUGCGUCCGACGGUAUCAUUUCCUCACAAUUUCGACAAUGGUAAGUCUUCUCACUGAUAUUCCCACCGCUAAGGUGGCACUCUUCGCGAAUCCUACAACCCAACAGUCCCCUAUUUACUGAUUCGCGAUUAGUGAAUGGGUACAGUGAGAGUUAGCCUAGAAAUACUUUCAUCAUCCCUGCCCUUUCCUGUUGGGUUGUAGAGAACUAUGGCAGACAGACCACAUCGUUCGAAGAAACCCAAUAGCAAGUAUAACAAGAGAGAUUAUGUGUCCGGAGACGAAGAGUCUUCGUCCUCAGUAAGGCUAUCAAGUUAUUCGCUAAUAUGGCAUUCAGAAGGUAGAAAGUGCUAGUGAUUCAAGUGAAACGAUCCCGGGAUGCAUGUCUUCCUCUUACUUACGUAAGCAGUUUCAUUGUUUAUACUUACAUAUUAGAUGACACUUCCUCACGCCCACUUACCAGUACGCCAUCAAGGAAACGACGGCGAAAGGCUAGUCAUAAGUCUACGAAAGAUAAGAAGAAGAAGCGACAGUACUGGAUGAUAUAUUCUCAACAAGAUAUAAUCCAGCGGCUUACUGACCUUUGCACUAAGGUCGACAAUUUGGACGCCCAUGUCAGGAGUCUUGUCGCCGCCUCCACACCGCUUCCGGUUGAGGAAGGUCCGGCAUGGCAACAGGUCAGUUCGCUGGCCGCCUACGACCGAUUGUGUGCGGCUUUGUCAGAUACCCAAUACCGACGUCGAUUGGUAACUUAUUUAUUAUCUAUAAACACUUUACACAGAUAUGUUACUUAUCUGGAGCUGGAGGUGAGAAUACGCCAGCAUUUGCUGGUCGCAUUUUCACCACCCUAUUCACCGAAGACGUAACAGAGUUUCUGACAUUCUACGGGAAGAAACCUGGAAGUAGAGCAUUUUUUGGUUCACCAAUCUACGACCUUAUACUCGGUAACAAUUUAAAUUCAUGUACAUUAUGCAUUUUCCCUACUAGACGUCUUCAGUAAAUGGUGUGCCAGCCAUUCAUCCGACAGACAAAAACUAGAAGAGGCAUUUAAAAACGUCUUCAAACGGGCUCACGACAGACAACAGCGAAAAUGCAAUAAAGCAUCAAUUAGCGGACUGCAGAACGGUAAUAUAUAUACUUGCAUUAUUACUUUAUCUGCUUAAUUAACUUUAAUGCAGAAUAAAACCACAAUUACAUGUUCUAACUGUUCUGCGUUAUCUUCCUUUCAGAUGCCCAACCACCGGAAGACCUUGAGAGGACGCAAACUGAUAAUCAAUGA